CAUUAAUAACGAUGAAAUAUAUUAUUAACCAUUAAACAUUGAUAAUAUUAUUUAAAAUGUUAAUAACGUCAUUGCAAGUUGUUGCAGAGAGAGUGAAUCAUUCUUAUUAAUUUCCAUUUUUAAAAUAUUGAAUUUAAAAUUUCAUUAAAUAUUAGAUGAUCAUAUUUAAUUAAAUAUUUCCAUUUUUCAUUUAAUGUCGAGUUAAGGAGAGAGGGACCAAUUAUUUCAAUUAUUAAUGACAUUAAUUAUUUUUUCAUAAUAUCCCAUUUACCCUUAACAACCUACUAACUACUAACUUUCCAUAAACUAACUAAACUCUUAUCAAUCAAUAGGAAUGCUUUAAGCAUUUGCUUAAGUUUCUAGACUUAAGCACGGCAUCUGAUCCAUGUUGGAGACCUCCAAAUUUAAAAUGACUUUUUAAGUAAACUAGCUUUUUACCCGGCCCGUUGGCCGGAGAGAUUUAUUUUAUAAUUUAUAUGUUUAAAUCAUUUUGGAUCUUCUAAAUAUUUUGUAACAGAGUUUGUAGUAUAUCUAUAUUAAAAUUUUCAAUAUUUAGCACACUCACUUGUGAUGCUUCGGUUUUCGAAUCAUAAAUUAUGUCGCUGUCACGUCCCAUUUAGAACUUAUGUACAAAAUUUGUCAACCAAAACACUAAUAUUUAGCGUACGCCAACCUAAACCACACACACAUAUAUAGUUCAAGCUAGCGUGCGCCAGGAAUACGUUAUACUCUUGCGUUCAUACUACCAUACGACCAUUGAGUUUUACUAUUUAGACCCGAAUUAACCGGAUUUUUUUGGGGCAUUAUACUAUAUUCUAACCCCUAAUAGGUAAACUCUAGUCCCUAAUUCUGUAACCUCUAAUUUAUGCACAUACUUCGUAAUACCUAUCUUCUAUCGUACCUUGAGUUAAAUAAAAAGUAUAGUAUACCUUGAUAUUACAUAUACAUGUAUAUUAGACUUAAAAUUAUAUAGAGAUCUCGCUUUUACCCCCAUAACGCCAGAGAACCAUUGGGGUUGUCUAUUGUUCGAUAUAUAAUAUAUAAAGAGGCAAAUACUAAGAUCCUACUACUUAUUUCUUAUCCUCUCCCGCCGACCCCUUUAUGGAGAAUAAAAAGGUAGGGAUGACAGGAUCAUAGCUCGAUAUGGUUUUAUUAUGUUCAUCUUAUCGGAGGUUAUGUUCUUUUUUGCUUUUUUUGGCUUCUUUUUCAUUCUACUUUAGCACCUAUGGUUGUGAUCAGAGGUACUUAGCCCUCGAAAAGGAUUGAGAUUUUAGGUCCUUUGGAAAUCCAAUACACAUUCAUGAUCCUCGAGUUUGGACGAACUCUCGACCAAUGUUGUAAAAAUUACGACUUUUUAGUGAGAAAUUCUUAGUAAAGAUACUUCAUUAUUGGAUUUAUUCAUACAUAUUGAAACUUGACACACACUGUAUCCCUCAUGAUGACUAAAUUCUCUAAUCUCGACUCAUUUCCAUUUUGGAUGUUUAUUUUUUUAUCCAAACACUUAAAUUUAGUAUAUUAUAUAAUAUGUAUCAAUUGUUAAUUUUUGAAGUUUAUACUAAACCUCAACCGGUGGUCAUUGUUUAUAUGUUGACUUAGAAUCUCAAUCUAAGGCACUCACACACACUAUCGAGAAUUUUUGGUCUUAACAUGGUCGUUGAAUGUGUAAUUUUCAAAGAUUUUAUCGCUUAUAUAUUAAUAAUUGAUAAAGAGUGUCUCCAAUACACACAUAUUUUAAGUGCAUUUAAAAUGUCUUAUCAUUUGAACAAUAUCAGUGUAUUUCAUUUGAUUAUUUGCAUUAACUUAUUAUCUUAUACAACAUAUAUUAAUUCGUUUUUCUCGAGUCUAGACGAACUGAAAACCAAUUUUGAGAGUUGAGAUUAUUGGAUAAAGAUACUUGAUUGCUAGAUAAAUAUGUUUAUCCCAAUUGACGAUUUUACUAAAAAUUGCCAACCUUUAUUUGGUAAAUGCCUAUGUUAGUAGUUGAUGAAACGUUAUGUUUAUCGUAGAUUCUAAACAAAGAUUUUUCUAACCUUCACAUCUAUUAUUUUUCAAGGAACCUUGUGUCUCAUCCUAGGGUAUGAAGUCAAAGUUCGUCAACAAUCAUACUUAAGUCAUUUUGAAAAUUUUGAUUUAUAAUCGUCGAAGAUAACUCCAAGUCUGAAAGAAAAUUUCUUGGCAUACGACUUAGAACCUCAAUAGAGCUUGCUCAAUCAACAUGAUAUAGAGCAAAUAGUAUUAAUGUGAACUUAGGUCACAUUAUCAAAUUAUUGCACAUGCGAUUCCUCUUCAUUUGAGGAAUUUAAGGUAGAACAUGAUCUGAAUGAAUAAGAAUUUUUUUAAAAUAAAUAACUGUAACUACUGGAUCAAGAUUAUACUCUGACAUUUUGCUAAAUAAUACUUUUUUAUUUUAUAGAUAUCUAUUGUACGAAUAAGAGAAUGUUUCAUUGCAACAAAAUAUAAAGUAAUAUAGUUUAUUUUUCAAAGGUAAUUGAAUGUCAAAUGUUUAUUUUCUCUCUUUUCAUAUAUAUUUUGGUUUAUGUCAAAGGUAAUUGAAUGUCAAAUGUUUAUUUUCUCUCUUUUCAUAUAUAUUUUGGUUUAAUUGAUUAAAACAUAAUUGUUUAUGUGUAUGUUUGUUUAUUUUUUCAUCAAAAUGUAACUUAUCAUUGAAUUUUAGUAAAAUGAGUAGAAAAUUUAUUUCAUAAGGUUGAAUCAGAUAUUUUUUAUUUAAAUAAAUGUGAUAUAUGUCACUCUCUUUUUUCUUAUUUAUAUUUUGUUUAUUAAAAAAAAUAUUAUUUAUGUGUGUUUGGUUAAGUUUAUCAACAUGUAACUUAUUAUUAAAAACAAAAAAGAAUAAAUGGAUAAAUGAAAAAGAAUAAUUGGAUAAAAGAAAUGGAAAUAUUAAAGAAGAGAGAGGUAGCUCCAUAAAUACAUUAAUAACUAAUUUUUUGUUUGUAAAAAAGUUGUCCAACUUGGCAAAUUGUGCAUCCUCCAAGUGCUUAUGUGGCAAGAAUUUUUUUUUGAAUUGCCAUAAUAUAUAGUAUAGAUAUAGAUAGAUAGAUAGAUAGAUAGAUAUAGAUAUAGAUAUAGAUUUAUGGAAAAUAAAAAAGGAAAAGACUCAAGUUCCUUGUGUACUCUUUUGAAGUCAAUUCCACCAUCUCAUUAUUUUGGGUAACAUAAGCAUAGAAAGUUGUUAAAAAAGAGGGCAAAUUCAAUAAAGAGAGUUGCUGAUAAUUGAAUCGAGCCAGAUCAAUGAUUGGGCUAGUAAAACAACUAAAUUAUCACAUUCACGAUUCGAUAUAUUUGAAUAAACGGUUAGGGAGGAACCUGAUCCCUCCGAAACUUAAAUUUCCCCUUUGGCGAUUGGUUUGUAUCUUCCUUCCUUUACGAGGAAUUCUUUUCAAUAAACACAUAUCCACGAUAAGUAGUUGCCCUGUCUGUUGUGAUCCAGUAGAAGAUAUGACCCACUGCCUCUUUGAUUGUAGGAUUACUAAAGAAUUGUUGCAGUUAGUAGAAAUGGAACAUCGAAGGUCAACCAUGAGAAUACUCCCGAUAGAUCUCGCAUGGAAAGAACUAUUUUUUUUACUCCCCAUGCAUAUCACAAAGACAGUCGUAGCUGACAUAGUUUUUCUGUUCUGGUGUAUAUGGAAGGGUCGAUGCAAAGCCACCUAUGCUUUUACAUUAUUCCGAAGCCCAGAUGUAUACCGUCAAUUUACAGCUCGUGUAGAAGAUUAAUGGAGGAUGGCGGAGGGACAGAAUGCUCGGAAGGAGGAAGGUCGAUCACACAGGUAAUCAAUGCCCCCAGAGAAGCAAUCAGGAUGCCACAUGCCCCAUCGGGGGCAUCAUAGUUCGUUUUGAUGGUGCUAUGAAGAGCAAUCAAGGAAGUGCCUCAGGAUUCGUUUGUUUUUUAGGUGAUGGAAACAUUCUUUUUAACUUCGAUAAACUUUAUGAUGGUAUUUCAUAUGUUUUUGUUUCGGAACUACUCGCUCUUAGAGAUGCUAUGACAUGGUGUCUAAUACAAAAUUUUUCUGUUGUUGCAUUUUGUGGCGAUUUCCAAUUGGUCAUCCGGCAUGUAUCAUCCAAGGAAGCUUCUCAUUCGCUAUGCGGUACAUCUUGGAAGAGAUUCGUCUUCUUAUAUCUUCUUUUGAGUCUGUGUCGUGUCAUUUUGCUCAUCGGAGUUUUAACAGAGUUGCCCAUGUAAUGGCAAAACAGGUGCUACCAUUGACAAUCUGGUUGCUUACGGACUACCGCGUGUGGUUACAGUCGGUGUUGUAGUUGUGUCUGUUUGGUUACCACCUUCUUGGCAUAUCUUGGACAAAAAAAAUCAUGGAAAGAAAAAAUGGACAAACUCAAGUUCCUUGUGUACUCUUUUGAAGUCAAUUCCACCAUUUCAUUAUUUUGGGUAAGCAUAUAAAGUUGUUAAAGAAAGGGCAAAUUCAAUAAAGAGAGUUGCUGAAAAUCGAAUCCAACCAGAUCAACAAUUGGGCCAGUAGAACAACUAAAUUAGUAAAUUGACGAUUCGGUUCAUUUGAAUGAACGGUUAGGGAGGGAUCCAAUGGUCUUUGACGAUUUGACAUAAAAUCAGAUGAACCACUUUGAUUUGACUGGUACACUGGUUCACAAUUUUAACCACACAAAAUCAAGACAAAUAAUUAAUGUAAACUAAGAUAAUCGAAACUCAAUUAAUGAUUUUAUUUAUGCUUCAUUUUCUAGCCUCCUUGUCAGCUGUGUGAUCCGUACCGCAUUUCCACCCUGACUACUAUUAUUACACAUAUUCUCAAUUAGGUAGCAACUCAUUAGUUUUGUGUGAUCUGUACCGCAUUUCCACCCUGACUACUAUUAUUACACAUAUUCUCAAUUAGGUAGCAACUCAUUAGUUUUUAUAUUUUAAAACGAUGUAGUAGUAAAAUGUUCAUUACUUAUCCCCAACUAGCUAUUUUUUUUACAACUGGCCUGUAUGUUAUUAAAAAGCAAACUUCAUGAGUUACAGAGCCAUCUUGCAAAAGUUGAGGUACUAAAAAGAUAGGAGGUCGAGAAAGCCAGGCUUCUAUCACCUCCCAUCGACACUUCGUUCUAACCAUAACAUGGGCACCUUCAUUCCCCUUCCUUCCCCAAAACUGCCAUUCAAUUCCUCCUCUUCGUCUUGCCCAGUCACAGAAUUCUUCACAGAUGCCCUGAAUUUCUAAAUUCGUAGUGUCUGGUCUCUCCAGCUUCUGAAUUAGAGAUUGGUCGUCACUACUCUCAAUCAACAUCGGGUGGAAAUGAUUCGCCAUCGUCAGCUUCAAACCCCACAUCAUCGCCUAAGCUUCCGCCAUCUGUAGUGACCAUGUCGUUUGGGUCCGGUGGUUACACGACUAGGAUUUGAAGAGUCUUUUCAGUUUUGAGUUAGACCAUGAACAAGGUUAGAAAUCAGAUAUGCAAUCAAUUCAUAAAUUAUUGUCUAGUACAAUAUACAGAUUUGUUAAGCAGUAUAGACACCGAUUUUAUUUUAUAUUUUUUACGAUUAUAAUAACAAGUCAUGGCUUUUUUAUAAUUUGUACUAGUGGGAUAAUUUAUGUUUAUUAAUUAUUAAGUUUUGUAAGAGGAUACCCUACGCAAAAUUUUUGGAUCCACCUCUAACGGGAGCGGAUGAGGUCAGUAACCCUUAUGGUGAGUAACCAUCAGUAACCUGUCCAGAUCCGCAUGACAUCAGCAUCCCCUCUCUCCUGGAAAGUCUUUUAUCUUUUCUCUUUUAAUCUUUAACAAAUGAUUUCUCUCUCUUUUUAAGUCGAAAUUUAAAUUUUUUUGCACAGAUAAAUCAGAUUAAAUGUGCUGUUUAAAAAGAUAUCCACUUUGAUAUAUUUUUAGUACAAAAAAAAUUGAAUAAUUUUUUACCAGUCAUUACCAUAUGGUAUGCUCAUAUUUAAUACCAUAUGGUAAGAAAGCGUACCAUGAUGGUAUGAACAUACCAAUAUGGUAAGAAGGUUGAAUACAUGAUAGUAGGAGUACACUAACUGUCAUUUACGACUUUCAUCAUUGUUUACCACAAGUUACCACCCACAUACCAUAGUGGUAAAGUAUGUUAAUUUUUGGUCCAAUAUGUUUUUCACCCAGAAAUUUGUAGAUCCAAUAGAAUAAGUUAUCAUAUGGUAUGUAGUUGGUAAAAAAAAGUUUCUCGAAAUAUAUUGAAAAUUGAUCUCAUUUUGUAGAGCACAACGAACUCGUUCCAUGUGUGCAAAAAAAAAUUGAAAUCCAAGUUAAAACGAAGAAUAUAUGAGCCAUUUAUAAAAACUAGGGAAAAUAAAAUGUCUUUAAUUGACAACCCUUAGAUCUGGAUUUUCUGGGCCCACUCAGAUCUAAAGGUCCAGAUUUAGUUACUCAUAGUUCAGUAACCAUUGGUUACUGAGCCUAUCCUACGCCUCUCUAACGAAGUUGAUGAAGAAGCUAUCGAAGUUGGGAAGAAGAAGAAGGGCAGAAUUUGAUAAGUGUUGGAACAAUUUCAGGUAGGCUACUUGGGAGGUUUGGUUCUCUCAAUUGUCUUGAUGAAAAUUCAAUAUUAAGGGCUUGUAUUGAACAUGGAGUGUUUAUCUACACACUGGUAUUCUUGGUUGCUCAAGGAGAAGUCAAGAAGGUUAUUUUCCAAGCUCACCAAAAUCCUAUGUCAAAAUUGGAAAACUGCCAGAAAAUGGCUAAAGCAGAAAACUGUUUUGUGAAGCCUACUUUGGAGCUCAAUUCGAGCAGCAUGGAUCUGAUUCGAGUCCAAAGGCUUACACAACAUGAAACUAGGUAUGUUUGUAUACAAAGGGAAGGAAUUGGAUGAAGGAUUGGAGUUCUGGAAGGCCUCAAACGAAAGGCGGGAAGUUAGUACGAAAGCUGCUUUUGGACUGUUUGUUGGCUGCUUACAUGUGCUUCAAGAAAAUGAAUUUGAGUCCGAAUUUUUUUAACCUUUUUAGAGUUUUUUUUUACCUUAAUUGUUUCCUAGUUCUAUUAGGUUUGUAUUAGGUUUUUAUUGUCUUUAAAUACCUAUGAAGUCACGUUGUAAAGUAUAGACUUUGAUUAAUCGAAUUGAGAACCGUUUGGUUUUGUGCAAGUUGCGACUUGUGUUGGGUUUGGUGGAUUCCAAACUUGCUAAGCUUGUGUAUCGAUUGAAUAGUCCCUUCAAUCGUUGUUGAGAAACUACCUUUUAAUCCAAUCAAGCAUUCCCCAGGUGUGGAAUCGUCCUUUUGGUUCUGUUUUAUCCAAGUUCGUAUUAAGAACGCUUCGUUCUUGAUUCGUGUUCAAUCAAUCCCCCGAUUGAAUUUUUAGCUGUGUUACUUUGAUAAUAUACACCCACUAGGGGCGUAUUAAGGACUAAGCACAUUGAGGUACAUGUUCAUUACAUACGUCAGUUAGUAAUAGAAGGAGUUGUGGAGCUUGCCUACACUACGUCACAAGAUCAAAAUGAAGACCUGUUAACUAAGGCUGUUUCGUCUGCUCGUCAUUGGUUUUUAACACACAAAUUGAUGUUGCGUAAGCAUCAUCAAUUUGAGGGAGGGUGUUAGAAGUUAUAUAAGAAGUUAGAAGUACUAAUGUGUAAUUAAUCCUCAUUAGGGUUGAGAGGCGACCACUAUAUAUAUAUAGUGAAGAAGGCUGCCGACCAAUGUAACACUUUACACAAAAAUAGUACAAUCUCUGUCGUAGUGCCGUGGACUAGUCUCAACGUUCUUCGUUGGGAAAACCAGUAAACCUUGCGUCUUGUGUUCAUUUACGUGCUUAUUCUUGUGAUUUGACAGGAACAUGUAGUUUCGUUUGACUUUGGUACUGGGUUUCAUUAAAAGUUGAUACGGUUUUUGUUGGUAUUUGGGUUUUUUUUAUGUUGAUUGUUUUGUCGUUGGUUUUGAUUUCGUCGGUAUUAGACGUCUCGUCGCAGAUUGGUCGGUGAUGAUAUUAAAAUGGUAAUUUGUAAAUGUUGGUAAGGUAUAGAAAAAGGUUUAUACGUACUGGUAAUAACGUGUAAUAAGAUUUUAAUAUAACAUCGAUAAUAUUAUUGAAAACGUUGACAAUUUGAUUAAUAAUGCAAUCUAAGAAUGUUGAUAAUUCAAAUAAUUCAAAUAAUAUAUUUACAAAUAGUCACGUGGUCGGUUAAUAAUCUAUAAUAAGAUGGAUCGAUAGCGUGGUUCAAUAUAAUUAAUAUUAUAUGUCUAAUUUGAUAAUAAUUGGGAGACAUGAAUAAUUGUCAACAAAAUAUUAGGACUUGGCUACGGUGACUUGCAAGUCACCGUAACUUGCACUUUUCGGUCAACCUCAGUUAGGAUUAGGUCGACCUAAUAUGUUUUUUCAGGUUUGUGAGGCUCAACGACGCAGUCAACCUUUUACAGCAAAUGGUUGACCUCUUUAGGAAGCGAACAAUAUAGAAAGUUGACCAUAAUAUCGCAAAGGAUGACCAUUUUGCUAAUAAAAGGUCGACCUCAUAAGUGAAAAGGUCAACCUCAGUGUAGUUAACUCAUCAAUAUCAAAGUCAGGAUUAUUUAGGAAAAUAGUAGAAAAGGUCGACCUGACAAGUAAGAGGUCCACCACGUGCACACUGUAUCUGUAUUGAAUAAGGAUUCCAACACCAGAAAGGUAACCCUAACUUGUCUACCACUUAAUUCGACCCAAUCUCGUCCUAAAUAUCUAUAAAUACGAAUAUAUGUCACCUUCACUGCCACCAAAACUUUGAGUUUGGUUUUUUGUACGGUUGGAGCUUUUGUGAAGAAGUUCCUUUGUGUUGCUGUUGUACGUGUUUGAACUUUAAAGAGGUCGACCACGUGAAAGGUGAGGUCGACCUAUUUUAGAUAUCGUCGUCAUCUUGUCUAAUGGGUAAUUUGCACCGUUUAAUUUGAUGGUAAGUCUUAAAGACGAUUUGGUUUGAAUCAACAUUGAUUGUGGAU